UGCCCCGCGGGGCUCUGAGCAGGUGGAGAACAUGCAGCCCUGGGCCCUCAUCCUUGUCAGCCUCGCGGGAGCUGUCUCUCAAACAACUGCUGCUUUCCCAAACUCCAAAAGAACAUGGAGAAGCUGCUGCUUUGGCUCCUGGUCCUGACUGGUCUUUCAGGCAUCACAGCCCAGGAAGAUCUCUUUGGCCACGUGCUCAUAUUCCCUAAGGCUUCUCCAACUGCCUAUAUCCCACUGGGAACCAAGAACAAGCAGUCGCUACAAAGCUUCACCGUCUGCCUGAGAUACUUCUCUGACCUGACCCGGGAUUACAGCCUCUUUUCCUACGCCAGCAGGACCAGCGACAAUGAGAUCCUCCUCUUCAGGAGUUUCCCUGAUGUGUACAAGAUCUACAUAGGGGGGACAGCAGUGACCUUCCGAGUACCAGAGAAAGAGAAGAAAUGGCCUGAGUGGGUCCACAUCUGCACCAGCUGGGAGUCUGCCACGGGCAUUGUCCAGCUGUGGGUGGAUGGGAAGCCCCUGCCCCGCAAAGGGCUACAGAAAGGCUACUCUGUGAAGGCUGAAGCUGUUAUUCUGCUGGGCCAGGAUCAGGACUCUUAUGGGGCCGGGUUUGAUGAGAACCAGUCCUUUGUUGGGGAAAUCACUGAUGUGCACAUGUGGGACCAUGUUCUCACUCCAGCUGAAAUUCGACUGAUCAAGAACAACGAGGUCCUGCCUUUGCACCCCAUGGACUGGCGGAACAUGAGCUAUGAAAUCAAAGGCUAUGUCCUGCUGAAACCCAGCCUGUGCCCCAUGUACCGUGCACCCCAAGCCACGCAGGAAGAGGAGCUGUGAAAGGGCCAGGCAAACCGGUGCUCCUCUGUGCCAGUGUGACCAUAUAAUGGGGCAGCCCCAGGGGUCUGGGCCCAUGGCUUUUCUGGGGAUGUUUGUCUGUGUGUGCACGUGUGGCUGUGUCCAGCUGGGCCUAGUGUGCAGGUGUGUGUUUGUAUGUAGCUUAUGCAAAUAUUUAAGCUGCUGUUGUGCCCCUGUGGGCUCUGUGCUGUAAUGUGACCCUGUCAUGUCCAGUGCCCUUUGCACAAAACCAGCGCUAUGGAAAGGCCACAGGGCACAGCUGAGUCUCAACUGCCCAUGCUCCUUGCACACAUCCAAGCAUCGCAGGCCCAGCUGCACCCAGACACACACACGCACAUGCAUGCACACACACCCACACUCAAACACACACUCACACAUACACCCACAUCUUAUCAGAAGCUUCAUCUUAUCAGAGACAAGCCACCAUCAUCAUUGUUGUCAUUGUCAGCAGCAGUAGUGCAUCUCAGCAUCCAGGUAAAAUGAAAUUCAAGGGUAAAUCACAGCUGAAAUGAAGGCUAAAACCCCAAAGGAAAUGAUGGUGCAGAAUCACAAUAAACACCACUGGCUUGC